CCAGCCCCGGAUAGGAGGGAGGAGGCAGGAGGAAGGAGAGCCUGUCCAAAUCCUGACCGUAUUAAAAAGAAAAAAACAGACACACAGAAAAAAAAAACUGCUAAUCGAAUGGAUCGGCGAUCUGUUUGCGGGCGCUAAAACACGGUCAGAGUGUCAUUGCAGACAUGGGUCGCAGCGGUACGGCACCUUUCGCACAGCUCCUUGGGGACUGUUUUCACUGUCAGUUCUUCAGCGCUGGAAAUGGCGUUGUGAUGCUGAGCAUGGAAGACGCAGCGGAGGCGGAUGCCAGGGAAUAAAGAAAUAUAUGAUCACCUGUGCUUUUCUUUGGGUUGGAUUUUUUGUAGCGGUGGACAGUACCAUGGUGAAUUACCAGAAAUACAUUACUGUAAUGCAGCUGGCUCUGGGGGUGACCGCCUCCAACAAAGAACAUUGUCUUCCACCCAGGAAGCGUAUGUGGAUACAUCCCAGCCCGACCGCUGGCUCCAUCACAGCAGCCUCCUCAGUGAGCACCAUUCAGGGCAAACCAUCACUCCGCCGCAUCAAGGGCCGCAUUCACAGAAGCAAGAGUCUGGACAGCAUUGAUCUCCUUGACUCCAAUAGCGCAGCAAUGGAGGAGACUGUCAUUUGGGAACAGCACACAGUAACACUACACAGGGCACCAGGGUUUGGCUUCGGGAUAGCCAUAUCAGGAGGUCGGGAUAACCCUCAUUUUCAGAGCGGCGAGACUUCCAUUGUCAUCUCGGAUGUACUGAAAGGAGGCCCAGCGGAAGGCCUACUGCAGGAAAAUGACAGAGUCGUUAUGGUCAAUGCUGUCUCCAUGGACAAUGUGGAGCACGCGUAUGCAGUCCAGCAGCUUCGUAAAAGUGGGAAAAUUGCCAAAAUUACAAUCAGACGGAAGAGGAAGGUGCAUGUCCCCAUGGGCCGCCUAGGGGAGAGGGAAACUAUGUCGGAGCAUGACGAGGAGGAGGACAGCUAUGAUGAAGAGAUAUACGAGACACGGAGUGGACGCAGCGGCGCUUACAGUGGUGUGGGCGGGGCCAUGGGCAGGCGCAGCGGGCGGAGCAGCGGGCGAAGGGACAGGGAACGUGAACGCAGCGGCUCGCGAGAGAGGAGUCUCUCCCCGCGCUCAGACCGCCGCUCACACAACCUGCCCCCACGUCCGGCCAAGGUCACACUUGUCAAAUCCCGUAAAAAUGAAGCAGAAUAUGGCCUGCGCCUGGCCAGCCACAUCUUUGUCAAGGACAUUUCACCUGAGAGCCUGGCAGCCAGGGACGGCAACAUCCAGGAAGGGGAUGUUGUACUGAAGAUCAAUGGCACAGUGACAGAGAACCUCUCCCUAAUAGAUGCCAAGAAGCUGAUAGAAAGGUCAAAGGGCAAGCUAAAAAUGGUUGUUCAGAGGGACGACAGGGCGACCCUGCUGAACAUCCCUGACCUGGAUGACAGCAUUGCUUCAGCCAACGCCUCCGACAGGGACGACAUUUCAGAUAUCCAUUCUAUGGCAUCCGACCAUUCCAAUCGAUCGCAUGACAGACAUCGUAGCAGCCGCUCCCGCUCUCCAGACAGACGAUCUGAGCCCUCGGAUCACUCCAGACACUCGCCCCCACAAAUCAGCAAUGGCAGUCACAGAAGUCGUGACGACGAACGUAUCUCGAAGCCGUCUUCAACACCAGCGAAGCUAGGAGAGGAACUUCCUCUGCCCAAACCGAAGGAGUCGGCUAUUGCUAGAGAGGAGAAGCAGCUCCCACCACUCCCAGAGCCCAAGCCGGUGUAUGCUCAGCCUGGACAGCCAGAUGUAGACCUGCCAGUCAGUCCCUCCGAUGCCCCUGUACCAAGCGCUGCCCAUGACGAUAGCAUCCUACGGCCAAGUAUGAAGCUGGUGAAGUUCAAGAAGGGGGAGAGUGUGGGGCUGCGGCUGGCUGGGGGGAAUGAUGUGGGCAUCUUCGUAGCCGGAGUGCUGGAGGAUAGCCCAGCUGCUAAGGAGGGCCUGGAGGAAGGCGACCAAAUUCUCAGGGUAAAUAAUGUAGAUUUUGCAAACAUAAUCCGAGAGGAGGCGGUGCUGUUUCUCCUUGACCUUCCUAAGGGUGAGGAGGUCACCAUUCUGGCCCAGAAGAAGAAAGAUGUUUAUCGGCGGAUCGUGGAGUCGGAUGUUGGCGACUCCUUCUACAUCCGGACACACUUCGAAUAUGAGAAGGAAUCUCCAUAUGGGUUAAGCUUUAACAAGGGGGAGGUGUUCCGUGUGGUAGACACCCUCUACAACGGCAAGCUGGGCUCCUGGCUGGCUAUUCGCAUCGGCAAGAACCACCAAGAGGUGGAGAGGGGCAUCAUCCCCAACAAAAACAGAGCGGAGCAGCUCUCCAGCGUUCAAUACACUCUCCCCAAAACGGCAGGGGGUGACAGGGCUGACUUCUGGAGAUUUCGUGGUCUUCGCAGCUCGAAGAGGAACCUGAGGAAGAGUAGAGAGGACCUCUCUUCCCAGCCAGUCCAAACAAAGUUUCCAGCUUAUGAAAGAGUUGUACUGAGAGAAGCUGGUUUCCUGAGACCUGUGGUGAUUUUUGGGCCCAUCGCCGAUGUUGCUCGAGAAAAACUCUCCAGAGAAGAGCCAGAUCUUUUUGAGCUUGCAAAGAGUGAACCGAGAGAUGCAGGAACAGACCAGCGUAGUUCAGGAAUCAUUCGUCUUCACACCAUCAAGCAGAUCAUUGACAGAGACAAACAUGCUGUGCUGGACAUCACCCCAAACGCUGUGGACAGGCUGAAUUAUGCUCAGUGGUAUCCGAUUGUAGUCUUCCUAAAUCCCGAUAAUAAGCAGGGUGUGAAGAACAUGAGGACCAGACUGUGUCCAGAGUCCAGGAAGAGCGCCAGGAAGCUCUAUGAGAGAGCCAUCAAACUGAGGAAGAAUAAUCACCACCUGUUCACCACCACCAUCAACUUGAACAACAUGAAUGACGGCUGGUAUGGCGCUCUUAAAGAAACAAUCCAGCAACAGCAGAACCAGUUGGUGUGGGUAUCGGAGGGCAAGGCGGACGGCACUACAGAGGAUGACUUGGAUAUUCACGAUGACCGCCUGUCCUACCUGUCGGCGCCGGGUAGUGAAUACUCCAUGUAUAGCACGGACAGCCGCCACACAUCUGACUAUGAGGACACAGACACGGAGGGCGGAGCUUAUACAGACCAGGAACUAGACGAGACUUUGAACGACGAGGUGGGUCUGCCCACGGAGCCUGCCAUCACCCGCUCUUCCGAGCCUGUGCGAGAAGACCCUCCUGUAAUUCAGGACACCCCUGGUUACCCUGGAUACCAGCACCCUGUGCAGCCUGAUCCAGCCAAUCGCAUAGACCCAGCUGGGUUCAAGAUGGCCGUUCCGCAACAGCAAGAUGAGGCUGCUCUGCCCAUGCCCUCGUUGCCUCCGACGGUGGUAGCGCCCCCUGCUGUUGAGCAGCCUGUACAGCUAGAGGGUAUGCACCUAGAGGAGCCGCCUGCUGCAGCCGCAGCUCCUCAGGCUGACUCACUUAGCAGCCCCAGCUCUGCCCCUGAGCUUAUUCAGCCCCCACCACCACCACAUGAAUCCCACACGUCUGGACCGCCUGGUCCAGAACCAAAGAUGUACAAGAAAGAUCUGUACAACAUGGAGGACCCUGUGCGAAUCAACCAUGGCCUGAAGCCGUCUAUGAGCUACAGUCACCAGCCACCGUAUCAGGACAAACAGCCAUACCGCGAAUACGACCACCCGCCUUACGGAUACGAUGGAGGCGGCUACACAGAACCAAAGCCUCACAACACUGACUCACACCUGCACUACGACAACCGUGUGCCUCAUUACGACGAACAGUGGCCCCCAUAUGACCAGCAGACCUCUUCCUCCCAGCCCACAGGGUACCAGCCGGGCCACCAGCAACCCAUGGGCUACAACCCCCGGUCCCCCUACGAGGAUGCACCAGGGAGGGACUACAGCCCCCCUCAGCCACGCUACGAUGAGGCCCCACCAGUGGGCUACGAUGGCAGGCCCCGCCACAGUAAACCUGGGCCCAUUCGUUAUGAUGAACCCCCGCCCCCAGCUGGCUAUGAUGCCCGUUCACCUUAUGAGGCAGAACCUCACAGCUUCCCCAUUAAUUCACCUCGAUCGCCGGAGCCCCCAAAGCAGUAUUACGGUGACUCUGGUCUGAGGCCUGCCUACAUUCCUGGGCCUCCAAACCGGGGCUAUAAGCCAGGGAUGCAUGAGCCUAUAAUGAACACUGAACCCAUAAUUCCACCUCCUAAACCAGAGACCCUGCCCUCCCCAGGAGAGCCAGCAAUCACUCCGGGCUCCAAACCCCUCCCACCUCCGCCCCGGGAAGACCUGGAUGAGGACCCGGCCAUGAAACCACAGUCGGUGCUUAACAGAGUCAAGAUGUUUGAGAAUAAACGGUCUGUUUCUAUGGACAGGGCUAAAGAAGGAGAGUCGUCAGCACUCAGGCCUGCAGAUUUUCCUAAACCUGUGAGUACACCUGGCCCAGUCCUUAAAGCCAAUUCCCUAAGCAACCUGGAGCAGGAGAAGUCCACCUAUAGGGCUCCUGAGCCACAGAAGCCCCAUACUAAACCCCUGGACGAUGUAGUGCGUUCCAACCACUAUGACCCAGAUGAGGAUGAGGAGUACUACAGGAAACAGUUGUCCUACUUUGAUCGCCGUAGCUUCGACAGCAAGGCCAUGGGCCAACCCAGUCCUGGCAUCAACCGCUUCCAUGAUCUGCCCAAACCAGCUCAGCUGUCCUACCCGUACACUAGAGUCGAGUCUGUAGAGAAGGUGAGUCCAGUGGAGAAAAGAUAUGAGCCCCUGCCCCAAAUCAGCCCAUCCUCACAGUAUGGGCCGCCCGCGCCCGGCAUUCCACCUAGCACACUGCCCAAGCUCAGCCCCAUUGACGGUAACUCCAUACCUGAGCCGUUGAGCUCACCCAAUCCUAAACCUGAGCUGGUAGCUCUCAGGCCAGCCAGCAGGGAUGAACCUACACUAGGAGGCUAUCUGCCUCCGAUGCGCCUCCCUGACAAAUCCCCAGUCAAUGGCACUGAUGCAGCACCCCCAAAGACGCUGGGCACUCCCACUCCAACUAGCUAUAACCGCUAUGUCCCCAAGCCGUACACCAGCUCAGCCCGGCCCUACGAGCGCAAGUUUGAAAGCCCCAAGUUCAAUCACAACCUGCUGCCCAAUGACACACAGGUGAAGACGGACCUCCUCAGUAAGCCCAGUGUGGUGAGCAACAGCGGUGGGAAGCCUCUGCUAUCACCGCAACCCCUGGAUCACGACAGUGGCCUGGACACCUUCACACGCACUAUGGACAACAGGCCCAAAUACCAGCACAAUAACAUCAACGCCAUCCCCAAGGCCAUCCCUGUAAGCCCCAGCACGCUGGACGAUGACGAUGAGGAUGAAGGGCACACGGUGGUGGCCACUGCCCGUGGGAUCUUCAACUGUAACGGAGGGGUCCUGAGCUCCAUCGAGACAGGUGUCAGCAUCAUCAUCCCCCAGGGUGCCAUCCCAGAGAGUGUGGAGCAGGAAAUCUACUUCAAGGUGUGCCGGGACAACAGCAUCCUGCCCCCACUCGACAAGGAGAAAGGAGAAACGCUGCUAAGUCCACUGGUGAUGUGUGGCCCUCAUGGACUCAAGUUCCUGAAGCCGGUGGAGCUGCGCUUACCUCACUGUGCGUCUAUGACCCCUGAUGGUUGGUCUUUUGCUCUAAAAUCCUCCGACUCCUCGUCGGGUGAUCCCAAAACCUGGCAGAACAAAUCUCUCCCUGGAGACCCAAACUACCUGGUGGGUGCAAACUGUGUGUCUGUGCUCAUUGACCACUUCUGAAGAGGGCAACAGCUGGCCUGUUAACUGAAUGUGAUAAACAGGGGACCACAGUUGCCCCUGCCGUGCUCCCUCCACCGUAGCGGGGUGCACAAUGCUCGACGAAGUAUGAACUUGAUACUCUCAACGUUGUUUACUGUGCCCACAAUUUCAAAGAAUGAGGAGAAAAAAAUAAUAAAACACAAGGAGAGUCCAGCAUCCCCAAGGCUGUACUCUUGUUUUUUCUUUAGUUUUUUUCGGUGCUUUCAAGGCUUGCAAAAAAUAAAGAUUAAAACAAGUUAUUUAAACAGGAACUGAAGUUGGAAUGCAUGACCAGUGCCACAGACUGAAUAAUCUCGUUUUGACAUUUUUAGCUAAUUUUGUAAAAGGUCAGAGCUGUGCAAGAAAAAGGAUAAUUUUGGAAACUCGUUUAAUAUUGCAAUGGGACUUUUUGCGUACUGUAAAAAAAUAAUAAUAUAUAUAUAUAUG